AUGGAGAACAACGCCUUACCUCCUGGUUUCCGAUUCCACCCAACCGACGAGGAGCUGAUCACGUACUACCUUCUGAAGAAGGUUCUCGACUGCGAUUUCACCAGCCGCGCCAUUGCCGAGGUCGAUCUCAACAAAUCGGAGCCGUGGCAGCUUCCAGGAAGGGCGAAGAUGGGGGAGAAGGAGUGGUACUUUUUUAGCCUGCGCGAUCGGAAGUAUCCGACGGGGCUGAGGACGAACCGGGCGACGGAGGCGGGGUACUGGAAGGCGACGGGGAAGGAUCGGGAGAUUUACAGCUCGAGGAGUGGAGCGAUGGUGGGGAUGAAGAAAACCCUAGUUUUCUAUAGGGGAAGGGCGCCAAAAGGGGAGAAGAGUGAUUGGGUUAUGCAUGAGUAUCGCCUUGAAGGCAAGUUUGCAUACCACUACUUGUCUCCUAAUUCCAAGGGAGAAUGGGUGAUCUCUCGCCUCUUCCAGAAGAUCGGCGUCGGCAGCUCCUCCUCCGCCGCCAAGAAGCGGCCCGCCGCCGCCGUGAGCUCAAACCCUGAAAUCAGCUCAGCGUCGUCCGCCUCCCUCCCGGCCCUUCUCGAACCCUCCACGGCCUCCAGCUGCUCCUACGACGACGUCAAGGAGCACGUGUCCUGUUUCUCCAACAACAACUCGCUCUUCCUCCCUCCGCCGCCUCCGCUGGUUUCGCUUCCUCCGUCGUCGUCUUAUGCCUCGUAUUGGCCGAGGCACGGCCUCGGGGUUCCGGCGUUCCCGAGCCUGAGAUCGCUGCAGGAGAAUCUCCAGUUACCGUCCUUCUUUGCGCCGCCGCCUCCGACUCCGGCGGCGGGGGAUGGCGGCGCCGAUCAAAUGGGGUGGUAUGGAAAUGUUGGGAGUGAGCUGGAUUGCAUGUGGCGUUAAUCCUGACCUAGGAAUAUGGGUGUCUAUGUUAGUUCGAGUAGUCGUUAAUUUGUAGCAUGUUGUGGAAAUGUGAAACGUGUGUGUGUGUGUGACAUUUAAUGUUUUCGGUGUUAUGUUAGUACUUUUGUUGUGGGGCUUGUUGUAAGAACUUAAUGUUAACUCGUUGUGUUGGUUAUCUAGCUUCAUGUAGGAGCACUUUUUACAUCUAUGUUGAAAUCGUGUAGUUUUAUUUGGA